CUAGGUUACACUUGAUUAAUGUACCAUUUUUUGUGAGAUCGGCUCAUUCGAGAGCAGGUACGGAAAAACAACGGAGCUCCCUCAUGACGUGUAUGAGAGACUUGGCUUUCAACGAUAUCCAUUUUUUCAACAGAUUUAUUGCUCUAGAUCAAAUUAGCUAACAUUGCAAAUUAACGAUCAUGUGUUGGCUGCUUUCAUUUUAAGAGCCAAAACUCUUCAUGAAUUUGCGAAGUUUGAACAAAUUGAUCCUGCCAAUGUUCACACAUCUAGACUACGUAAAUUGAUUUUGCAUAGACGUAGGUGAGUUUUUCGUCCUCGGUUCGAAUUUCGUUAGUUGACUGCAAAUACUCUUGGAGGAGGUUAAAUCCAAGAGCGAUGUGUUUUUGAUCGGUAUAAUUUACUGACACAAAAUUAUGAUCUUUCAAAACCGAAACGAAUUAUGAUGUGCUGUUUUUAGUGAAUUCGAAAGAAAUUAUGCAGUUUCAAACCCCGCUAGUUAUCUUCCGUCCUUGUGGGAGGUCUUCUUUUUUUGGGGGGCUUUCAGCUUUCUUCCAGCGUCGGCAAUGGAUAUUGUUUCCGGACACUCGGAAGGUUAUAGUCUUAAAAAUCAGGAUGCGAUGAUCGAUUACAUCAACCAAGUUCAGUCAUCGUGGACGGCUGGGAAAAACUUUCCCGAUGACAUCUCCGAGGGCUACUUAAGACAAUUAGCCUCUGCCUGGCUCCCAGAGGAAAACGAUCUACCAAGUCUACCAGUUUUGAACGCCCUCGAUGACCCUGCUCACACGGGUGCUGACAAACCCGCGGAAUUCGACGCAAGAAAGAAAUGGACUUACUGUCCGAGUCUUCUUCAUAUCUACGACCAGGGAAAUUGCGGUAGUUGUUGGGCUGUUUCCGUAGCCUCUGUUAUCACGGAUAGAACCUGUAUCGCGACUAAUGGAGCAUUCAAGGACUAUAUUUCAGCCUGGAACCUUGUAUGCUGCUGCACGGACGAAGAAAAGUGCAGUGCAAGUUGUGGCGGCGGCUACACCGCCAAAGCUUUCGAAUUCCACGUGAAACAAGGGAUUGUCACCGGCGGAGAAUUUGGGACCAAUCAGGGCUGCAUGCCGUACCAAAUAAAAUACUGUUCUCACCACAUGGGCGAUAAAGGGAAAUAUCCUAAUUGUAAAAGUUAUAACGAAACAGUGGUUCCAGUUUGUGUGAGUGAAUGUCCCAAUAAAGGCUACAAGAUACCAAUGAACAAAGACAAGCAUUUUGGGAAACGUGCUUACCAAGUGAAUGUUGCUGAUCUCAAAAAAGAAUUGGUUGAAAAGGGCCCAGUUACGAUGAGUUUCAAGAUUUAUGAGGACUUCUUUCUUUAUAAAACAGGAGUAUACCAUCAAGUAACUGGCAAGAAGUUAGGAGGGCAUGCUGUGAGGGUGCUUGGUUACGGGACAGAAAACGGCGAACCACCGUCUUCUGUGUGAAAUAGCCCAUCUUCGCCUUCGGGAGCUUAUUAUAAUCCGUUCAAAUAAAAUUAUUAUCUCUGUAUUCGUUA